GGGGCGUAGCCUUGUCGCUUCUGCUAGACGGUGGAGAGAGAGUGUGUGUAGGUACUGCAACCUGCGCUUCGCUGGGUCUGGCCGCGGUUUUUCUUCCUGCUCCACGUUCCCCAGUCUGAAUCCCUCCGGCACGGUAGUGGACCCCAGAGCCGCCGCCAUGCAGUCCUCGCUGGAAGCCUUCCUGCGCCUGUCCGAGGCGCCCCUGUACUGGGUCGGGGCGCUGACCGCGGCCUGGGUGUCUCUGCGGCUCGCCUGCCGGCUGCUCGCCGGGUUCCGUGUGUGGGUGGUGGGCAACGGACAGCAGGUGGGGCCUCGGCUCGGGAAAUGGGCAGUUGUCACUGGAGCCACAGACGGAAUAGGGAAAGCCUACGCGGAGGAGCUGGCUCGACGGGGUUUUUUCAUCUUUCUCAUCAGUAGAUCUCAGGAAAAACUGGACCUGGUUUCCAAAUCUCUCGAAAGCCAAUUCGGCGUUGAGACAAAAACAAUCGCUGUGGAUUUUGGGGAAGGACGUGAGAUUUACCGCAAGAUUGAGCUGGGUCUGACUGGUUUGGACAUCGGGGUGUUGGUAAAUAAUGUGGGCGUUUCCUACACUUAUCCUGAAUUCUUCCUCAACAUCCCUGAUGCAGAAAAUGUCAUCAACAAAAUGAUUAACGUCAAUAUUACGUCUGUUUGCCAGAUGACGAGGCUGGUGCUCCCGGGUAUGGUCGAAAGGUCAAAGGGUGUGAUCUUGAACAUCUCCUCAGCCAGUGGCAUGUACCCUAUCCCCUUGCUCACGCUCUACUCUGCCACCAAGGCUUUUGUGGAUUUCUUCUCUCGGGGGCUGCACGCGGAGUACAAGAGCCGGGGGAUCAUUGUUCAGAGCGUGUUGCCUUUCUUUGUGGCCACCAAGAUGACUAAGAUCCGCAAGCCCACCCUGGACAAGCCCAGUCCGGAGACCUACGUCAGGGCUGAGCUGAACACAGUGGGGCUGGAGGACCAGACCAAUGGAUAUCUACCUCACGCAGUGAUGGGCUGGGUGACCACGUGCCUGGUGCCCGUGCAGGUGGUGAUCCACGUGUCCAUGAACAUGAACAAGAGGCUGCGCGCUCGCUACCUGAAGAGGCAGAAGGAGCAAUAGAGGCAGAGCUGCAUGUGGGAGCUCCUCCGGCCUUUUCGCUUGUCUAGGGGAGAGGCCUCAGGCAGGGGCAGGGGCCUUUCCUUUCUCCUGCUGGAGGAGCUCAGUCAAGGACCAAAGCUAGUCUUACACGCUUGGCUUCGAGAAUUUUGUUUUUUAGUUUUUAACUAUGCUUUGAGAACCCGUCUCUCGGUGUUUGAGAGCGUGUGUCUAGGGUGUGGGAUUUGUUAGCGUAAUGUCUAUGCACAAGUCUGGUACUAUGAUAGGGCUCUGUCUGAAGCACAGAGCACACAGGAGUUGCUUAUUUAAAUCCUCUAAUGGACUUGCUGAAGUUAUUGAUGACAAUGUAGAAGUGGAGGCUGCAAUAGUUGACUAUAAGGUGUAAUUCCUGUCCAUACAGAAACUUGUUAAAUCAGCUGAAGUUUAGGGAAAAAAUUGCAUUAAGGUGAAAUUAAUCUUUACCAUUUUCUUGAAGAAAAAUGGUUCUUUGAAUCCCAUACUCCCUGCAGUCUGUCAAACAUGAGGACUGAAUGAUUUUUCACUGAUGGCCACUGGAAUCAGGAUUUGACAUUUAGGUGAUCAAAUUGAUUCCUGCUGAGUCUCAGCUUUCAGGUGAGAGAAUCCUGCCAGGUUCUGGAUUUGGCAGGGGGAAGGUGGUUAAGCAGCACAUUGGCAGGGAGAGUUAGACAACCUCUUCUGUCAAGUUUAGAGUAAAAUCAAAUGUUAUUCUUUUCUCAGUUAGGCAAAACUAGGGUGACUUUAGCCUAGGAGUACCUCUGUUUUUUUGUUAACUUCAUGUCUGACCAUAGCGCUUCUGUAAUGGGGUCAACUUUGGUGCCUUAUCUUCAGUUCUGAUGAGCAUUGUACCUUCAUAAUAAGAACUUUGUCAGGUUGCUGAAGUAUAUGAAGGCUAACGUACCAGCAGUAUUGCCGGGGUGCAAAUACAGCACUAUGCAGUCUUCUUGUGUAUUAGACAGUGCUGCUCUGUGUACAUACAGUAUGUUGUCUGGAAGUCAAAGGCUGUCAUUGAAUGUCGACAUGGUGAUUCUCAGAAGAUUGUCUGCAUGUUUGAGGUUAGAGAGAGAGGGAUUGUAAGGCACAUAUAAACCUGGCAUCUAUUUAAAUGUAUUAGAAGCCAUAUUCAAAGUUCAGGUGAACUUAGGACCCAUCUCAUUCACAGUUAAACACUCAGUCCCAGUCCUACACUAUGAAUCAUAAAAGUUUUAAAGUACUUGUCUAACUUGUACCUAUGUAGGAUUAUUUCUUUAACGGUUUGAACUAAGAUAAAAUAUUUUUUUACAACUUGCUGAUACUGAUAUUCCAUGUCUUUGAAAUCAAACGACUACACAUCUAAAUGGACUG